UAUUCAUUUUUGAUUUUAAGGCCCUUCCAGAAUCAGAAGUAGUUGAUGUCACAACACCAUGGUGGAAUGCUGCUUGUGUCCGUGGCUGAAGAAGAAGCGUGAGUCCCGGACAGUGGUUCUUAUUGUGGUGACGGUGGCUCUGUUUGUGGACUGUAUACUUAACACCGUUAUUGCUCCAAUCCUUCCAACGGUACUGACUGACUCUCUACAUGGAAAAGAAAACACAUACGUAACAUCCAAUUCCUCUGCUGUCUCUUUUGUAUCCAACCUUUCGCUCUUUGAUAACUCAAGUGAAGGCAUUUACCAAGAACAGAAUGUCAGUAGGAAACAGGGAUCUGGUGAAUGCUUCGACCAGGGGAAUGACAAUUUACGUGGAGAGAACAUGCAAAUAGGUCUACUUCUUGCAAUUAAGGACAUCAUGCAAAUUUUGGCAAACCCCAUAGUGGGAGCUAUAACCAACAAAUUUGGAUUUGAUGCCCCAUUGCUUGUUGGAUUUGCUGUUGUGUUUGCAUCCACUUUAAUGUAUGCUUUUAGCGAAGAGUAUGCUUUUCUUUGUGUGGCCCGGAGUUUGCAGGGUAUUGGAUCAUCAUUUACAACUGUGGCAGGCUUGGCCCUGGUAGCAAAUAUUUACCCAGAUGACGGGGAACGAGCAAACGCCAUGGCAAUAGCUUCCAGUGGUUUGGCGGCUGGAGCUCUUGUUGGUGCUCCCUUUGGAUCUCUCAUGAAUGGGUUUUUGGGGAAGUCCUCUCCACUCUUGGUCAUAGCAGCUGUGACUCUGCUGGAUGGGUCCCUCCGGCUGUGUAUAUUUAAUCCAACAAAAUUUUCCCCAGGAAGUGUUCCUGCAACACCUUAUCGGACUCUACUCACCGAUCCUUACAUUUUGGUGACUAUUGUGGGAUACUUCCUGACUAAAUUCAGCUCUGGCAUAUUGCAAGCAACUCUGCCUAUAAGAAUGUUGCAACACAUGUGUGCCCCCAGCUAUCAGCUAGGUCUGGCCCUUGCUCCAGCUACAAUCACCUGCAUUUUGACUCUUAAUGGAUUUGCAUUUCUGUCCUUAAAAUGGGGGAGGUGGCUAUGCAUUUUGCUUGGAUUCAUUAUUCAAGGAAUCGGGAUAAUGUUUUUGCCUUUAGCUGGAAAUAUCUUUGAACUCAUUGGACCAACCAUUUUGAUAGGAAUUGGUACUUCCUUGGUGGGGGCGUCAGUAAUACCACUGAUGGCGUAUCUCAUUGAUCUGCGUCACACAUCAUCCUAUGGUGGAAUAUACGCCAUAACUGAUACAGCUUUGUGUCUUGGAUUUGCUGUAGGCCCAUUAUUCGGUGGAGCCAUUGCAAGUGUCAUCGGAUUCACCUGGUUAAUGGUCAUAUUAGGUCUGUUACAAAUUGUUUACGCCCCUUUCUUCAUUCUCCUACAUAAUCCCAAUGGAAAAGAUGAGAAACAGCCCAUUUUAAACCAUGGAAAAAUGCAAGACGAGGCCAAGUCUGAUGACCACUAGAUGCACAACUCACUGGACCUGCUUCACACAUCUACACCCGAGAGACUUAUCAUGUUGGCCAACAUCAAGCAGUGGCAUUUACAACAUUAAAGCAACUUGUUACCUCCCGUUGAUGUUAAUCAUAAUACUGUUGCAUGCUUUAUCUGAUAUAAUACUGUAUAUUG